AUGCAGCCCCCUCAAAACGGCAGCGCGGCAAAUACGCCACUUUUGGGUAAACCAGGCAACAGCAAAAAGAAUAUUGCUCGUCGCUACAAAGCAUGGCGAAAAUACCUACAUGCGGAUAUCGACCCAGCGCAUGCGACAGGUCCGCUGGCUGCAUUUUGCUUCAUGACCGGGUUCAUCGACGCCAUUUCUUUCACUGCGGCAUUUGUCUGGUGUGGUUUCCAGACUGGCAAUUUUGCACAGCUUGCCCUUGCUGUUGGUCGCAUUCUCUCCACCCCUAACGAGCGCGGCUUGCAUCCCGCCGACAUUCUUGCCUUGACCUCCUUACUCUCCUUCAAUGUUGGCGCAUUCGCUGGUGGGCGGAUUGGCGACCGUAUUGGGCCCCAUACCCGAGCCUGGCUUUCUGGUGGAACUCUUAUCCAGGCGAUUUUGACGCUCAUUGCCGCGGCUUGCAUUUAUGCUAGUGGAGAAGAAAGCAUAUCGACCGGUCGCGGAGUCCCGGCAUGGAACAGUGCUCUGUCAAGCAUCGCAAUGGGGCUGAUGGCUGCGAGUCUGGGCAUCCAGGGCGUUAUCGGAAAGCGAAUAACCUCAAAUUUCAGCACAACAGUUGUGUUAACCGCACUUUGGAUCGAGUUUGUUUCAGACCCGAAGUUUCUCAAAAGCCCGAUGAAGCGCAUGGUCAAUCGCGACAAUCGUAUCAUGGCGCUUUUCGUCUUGUUUGCUGGUGCUGUUCUUGCGCGAGUAGCGUUGCUUUAUGUUGAGGCGGUGGGAGCCCUACUGUUUGCUGCUGUCCUUCGCGUGGCCAUUGCUUCGUGGUGGUUGACUGUGAAGGGAAAAUUCGACGAUCGCGAGACAGAUGAUGAGGUAUCAGAAAACGAGCAGGAGGAGCAAAGGUAUGGUGCAGUUGCGUAG